UGCCUGCUGGUAGUGUGUGUCCUAGUCCUUUUCUUUGUGUACUACAAGCCUGAAAUCAAGUUCCCCACAUCUCUGUGUGCAAAGGAAGUACAGGCCCAGGUCUCGAACCAUUCACCAGACCAGCACAUCAACUCACUUCAUAAUGACACCCAGAGGGUCCAGGCUACAGCAGUGGACACUGAGCUCAACACUGUUCUGUUGAUCUGGAUGUGGCCAUUUGGCUCCAAGUUUGAUCUCAACUGCAAUAUAUUCAAUAUCAGAUGCCACUUGACAGAUGACAAGUCUCUCUACCAUAAAGCCCACGGGGUCAUCUUCCACCACAGGGACAUAACGGUUGCAUCUUUACCAAAAGAGCCACGUCCCUGGUUUCAGAAAUGGGUGUGGUUUAAUAUGGAGUCACCUGCACACUCUGGUCAAAUCCCUGAAAUCAAUCACUUAUUCAACUUGACAUGCAGUUAUCGCCUCGAUUCAAAUAUUCCUGUGCCUUAUGGGCAAUUGUUGCCACUAUCAUCUGGGAUUGAGAGUUUUGAACUGCCACCAAAGGACAAGUUGGUCUGUUGGAUUGUGAGCAACUGGAAUCCGAACUUCAGAAGAGUUCAGUUCUACAAUGAACUGAAAAAACAUGUCCAGAUAAACACUUACGGGAGGGCUUUUCAGCAACGUGUUAGUGAUCAAGACUAUACGGAGAUAAUCUCUAGUUGUAAAUUCUACUUCUCCUUUGAAAACUCUAUUUACAAAGACUAUAUUACAGAGAAGUUAUUUCGUCCUAUGAAGCUAGGAAGUGUACCAAUAGUUUUGGGACCUCCAAGACAAAAUUAUGAGGAACACAUCCCAGCGGAUUCUUUCAUUCAUGUCGAUGACUUUUCCACUCCAAAGGAGUUGGCAGAGAGGAUACUUUACCUCAACCGAAAUAUCACUGAAUACAUGAAAUACAUCAAUUGGAAAAACAGGUUUGAAGUUCAAUUGGGUGGGUUUGGCCAAGAACAUGCCUGCAGGACUUGUAGUUACUUACAAAAGAACAGAAGAUACCAAGCUUUUCAUGAUCUUAACAAAUGGUACUGGGGUUAAUAGUACUCUAACAAAAACAGCAUCUGCCAAAUUACCUUUCAGUCUGGGACACUGACAAGUAUGGGCUCGAAGUAAAAGACUUAAGUCGUUUCACCUGAAUUGUCUGUUGUUUCUACAAACAUGAGAUUGAUUCCACAUUGAUUGUGGCUUGUGGUAAAGCUGUCAUAAAACACACUUUUUUUCUUUUUUUUUCGGUGAAGCAAGAUAAA